UGCUGGGGCGGGGCCAGUCUCUAUAAAGAGGGUGGUUGCUUUUUUUUUUUUCUCCCUCCAGGGCCGCGAUCCAGGAAGGGCCGAAGAGCUGGAGUCAUGGGGACCUACCUGGAGCUGAACACUAAGGCAAAGAUGCCCAUCCUGGGGCUUGGCACCUGGAAGUCUCCACCAGGGAAAGUAAAGGAUGCAGUGAAGGCUGCCAUUGACAUUGGAUACCGCCACUUUGACUGUGCCUACGUGUACCAGAAUGAGAAUGAAGUAGGGGAUGGGAUCCAGCAGAAAAUCAAAGAAGGGGUUGUGAAACGAGAGGACCUCUUUGUCGUCAGUAAGCUGUGGUCCACAUUCCAUGAGAAAUCUCUGGUGAAGGGAGCAUGCCAGAAAACCCUUGAUGCAUUGAAACUGAAUUACCUGGAUCUGUAUCUCAUUCACUGGCCUUUGGGAUUUAAGGCUGGAGAGCAGCUGUUUCCUGCGGAUGAGAAAGGCAUGGUCUUGCCCAGUGACACAAAUAUUCUGGACACUUGGGAGGCUAUGGAAGAGCUGGUGGAUGCAGGUCUAGUGAAAGCCAUUGGAAUCUCCAACUUUAACCAUGAACAGAUUGAAAGAAUCUUGAACAAGCCUGGGUUAAAAUACAGGCCUGCCAACAACCAGAUUGAGUGCCACCCAUACCUUACCCAGGAAAAGCUGAUUAAGUAUUGCCAAUCCAAAGGAAUCUCUGUCACAGCAUACAGUCCCCUCGGAUCUCCUGACAGGCCAUGGGUGCACAAAUCACAAGGACUAUCCUUUCAAAGCUGAGUAUUAAAGCUGGUGGUGUCUUGCCAUGCUUCCUGACCCCUGGCAGUGGUUCACUUCUGCGGUGACCUCUGACUUGUUCAUUUGUCCCAAUAGCUGUCUUUCACACUGCAGCUAUCCUUCUGUAGCCAAAAUAGAAGUACAGUGUAUGUGCUCAAAGGAAAUUUUACAAGGAGUCUGAAGAACAAAACACUGAAUAUAAUUUUGACCUCCUUAUUACGUGGGAGUGUUUUUUGCCAAGAUGUCUGGCUGAGAUUGGCUCAAGUUGAACAGAAAAUACAGUAGUUCAUAUUUUCUGUUCACACUGUUUCACAACAGGUUGUAAUGUGAUUGAGAUUAGUCUCUGUUCCCAGCUGGAAGGGUUAGACUGCUGUCAUUUGGAAGAGCCAAUUCUGAAGCCUUGUCUGUUAAAUUCCUGUUUUUUGGAACACUCCUUUACCUUUCACUCCAGGUUGAAGUGCCAGUUGACUUCUGAGUAUGGACAUUUGCUACCUGUGCAGCUCUCCCAAACAAUGGAGCUUUUUUGGCAAUAUAAAUCUGUUCUUCGCUUGUAAUAAAACGUUGUCUAAUUA